GACGUUCCGCCUGAGUGUCAUUCAUUUCCAGGCACAGAGCAACAUGGCGGAGCGGGGCCGUAUCGGUUGAGCUGGUGCCAAACACCCGUGCAGCAGAAGUGCAUUAGGACACCGUGGACCUGCGCGGCCGUGGCAGGAGAACGCGGCCUGUGGGAGUGGGCUGAGGCCAGCUUCAUAGUGGGUAUCCGUCGCCCCCCUCCCCUCCCAAACGUGAGCCGAAAGGCGAGCAGGGAGGCACGAAAACAACUCGGACAUGAACGGGGACAUCGUCUGCAGCUCUCACUCGGUGACGGUGUUAACCUGCACCAAGCCCAAGUCGGCCGUCCACGAUGAGACGACGAGCGUCAGGCUGACACAGGCGGGGGGGAGCUCUCCCGCCGGCGCCCCGCAGCACGACCUUCCAAGUCAGGCAGACGGCAGGACAUCAGAUCCCAUCUGCGCCACGCUAAGAGACCCAAAACUGGAUUUAACGGCGACGGGUAGCACCUUCAGCCAGCGUACGCUUCCACAGCUCUUCUGCACGCAGAGCUGCCUUCGCCCCCCUCAUGAGAGUCCCAUGCCCCUCGGCAACAGCUUAUCUCACGCUUACCUCCACGGUAACAACAAAAAUGGCGGCGCGCACCACGGAAACCAAAGGAGGGGGGCUCGGGCCAAAGUCCUGGGGAAGAAGUCCACAAGGAGAACGGAAGGAGGGAAAAACUCUCAGAACCGAAAAGUUACGGACUUUUAUCCAAUAAGACGGAGCUCAAGAAAAAGUAAAACAGAACUGAAGUGGGAGCAAAAGAAGCUCAUUGACGAUCUCAUCACCAAUGGGAUCGAGGAGGGAAUGGAGGUUCAGCACAUAGAAGGAAAGGGCAGGGCGGUGUUUGCCACUCGGUGUUUCCAAAAAGGCGACUACAUCGUGGAGUACCACGGCGACCUGCUGCAGAUCACCGACGCUAAGAAGAGGGAGGCAGAGUACGCUCAAAACCCCGCCACCGGGUGCUACAUGUACUACUUCCAGUACCUCUGCAAAACAUACUGCGUGGACGCCACCAAAGAGACGGGUCGCAUGGGCCGGCUGAUAAACCACAGCAAAAACGGGAACUGCCAAACCAAACUCCACGACAUCAACGGAGUCCCUCACCUCAUCCUCGUCGCCUCCCGGGACAUCGACAAAGGCGAGGAGUUCCUGUACGACUACGGGGACCGCAGCAAAGCCUCCAUCGCUGCCCACCCCUGGCUCAAAUACUGACGGGACGCGGUCAGCAACACUUGUUUCUUCUAGCUAGCGGACACGUUGCCUUAGAAACAGAAUGUGUGCCCCUUCUGAGGAGGCUGGGGGGGUGUUAGGUGGUGGGGUGGACCGGGUACCGAUCACAUUUCAAUGAAGGUCCGUCUGCCUCGUCAGAGGGGCCUGUGUACUUUUAUUUAUAUGUGUCUGAAACAUUCUGGUUGUGUUGCAGCACAUUUCUUUUGUACAUUUUGUACUCCCUGAAGACCAAUGCCUCUACAGCAUGCAGGCGGUAGUUAAUGCUCAGCGUUUUUUUAUACGGCUUUUUUUUCUUAACUUCUCCCUAGAUACUUAGCAAUACUUCCCCUGAAUGGAUUUUAAGCCCCAUUUGGAUCCACAAGCAUCAUAAGAUCCACGGUAAAAUGUCUUUCUACGAAAUAUAUUCUGCUCAAGUGGACGUCAGUCACGGGAACCGUUUGUCGCUGUUAGUCGGCGCCCAAUAGUUAACCAUAUCCUGGUUCAGUUGGCAUUUUUUAUUAAAAGCAAAAAUGUUUUGGUGAAAAAACGAAAUGUAAAGCAAGCUUGUGCCAACUCUGAAAUGCCCAGUAUGAAUGUAUGUCUUUCCUUUUUUGGGGGGGUUUUUAGAUAAUGAUGUAUUUUUAAUAUCAAAGACGAGGCUCACAUUUGAAUUUAAAAAGUGAUAAAAUACAAGAAUUUCUGCGAAUUCUUGUAGAGUCUUCUGCUGUAACUGCUUGAAUGCAAGUGUCUGUUAAGAUUUGAUUGAUUAAAUAUCUACAGAUCUUUAGCCGAUACACUGCCCCCCCCUCCAAUUAAUAAUACUUAAAGGAAAACUAUUCAUAACGCACCGUUUCACAUUAAAACGGCACAUUUUAAUGUCUUUUAUUGGGAUUUAUGUGGUAGACGGAGUAGUGCAUCAAGUUAAGGGGCAAUAACUUUUUUCCCUUCAGGAAUAAAAGUCUGAAAAGUGCGGUGUGCUUCUGACUCUUUUGGCUACAAGUGUUUUUUGGGGUGUCUCUACCUUUUGCAAAUCCAGAAGCUGACAUUUGUGAUUAUUCUAUGCAAAAAAAAAAAAAAAAAAAGGAGGUAAAGCUCAGUGAAUUUGGAUUGUUUGGUUCUGUACUCUGACUGGACUAUUCAAAUGAUCUGACCCCCUGCAGGGUUCCCUGUAGCUGUACGUUUCAGGGCGUGUUCCUGCUGGAAGGUGGAAGCUGUCUCUAUAGCUGCCUCCGACACGAUUCCUUCCAGGGUUGCCCUUUGUUUAGCUCCAACCAGCUUCCCAGUCCCUGCUGCUCUCAGCCGGCCUACGGCACAAUGCCGCCGCCACCAUCUUUCACCUUGUAGACGUUCUCUUUUGGCAUCACCUGACAGGAGGAGACUCUUCUGCAUCUUUGCGGUCUCCCUCACACGGCGCAUGUUUGUUUUCCAUAAGAACCAGAUUGGUGGAGUACACAGCUAAUAGUUCUCCAGCCAACAGAUUCUCCCAUGAGAGCAUCUAAUCUCCGCUGCUCCUCCAGAGUUACCUAGGGCCAGCUUAGAUGCACGGCCGUGUUUGGAAUUGCAAAAGACUCCCAUUUUUGGCUGAUUGAUGGGACAGAGCUCUGUGAGACGUUCAGUGGCUGGAUGCCGUUUUAUAACCGAACCCUGCAUUGAUCGGUCUCCCCGACCUUCCCUCUGUGCUCCUCGCUCUUCAUGAUGCCCUUUGUUCUCUAAUGUUCUCUAACAAACCUCUGCACCCAGAAAACAAAACAGCUGGAUUUUAUUUAGGGGUAUCAGAAUUAAGCGGGCUGAAUACAAAGCCACACCUUACUUUUUAGGCUUUUAGUUGUAAAAAAAAAUAUUGUAAACUGUCUUUCGUUUUCCUCCUGCUUCCUGAUUUGUACGCCACUAAAAGGUUUGACGUAGCGCCUAACGUGCGUCGUCACAUAAAAUCCCCAUAAAACACAUUGAAGUUGGUGGUGGUAACAUGACGAGAUGUGAAAGAGAUAAAAGGGUGUCAAGCUGGGUUUGUUCUGUUUGGCUCAGUCUGCUAUGUUGUCUAAGGAGGGCGACAUUUACCAGGAACCAGAGGCUUUGCAGAAACAAUGAUCAACAUCCACAGUUUUUGAUCUAGGCCACAGAUAAGUUUUACAGACGACACGUUUGGUUUUAACGACCAGACGUUAUCGGCUCAUUGAGCAUUGGAGGUACUAAAGUCAAAGCUUUCAGUCCUUUUGUUGUUCCUAAGAGAAGACUGCCAGCAGUGGCGUGUCUAAACUAAACUAUAAAACGGGACACACUCCCAAGUCAUUGUACACUUUACUCCCCCCUAGCUAGUUAUGUGUUUUACAGAUGGGUAAGAAAAGCUUGUUGGCAACCUUCUCAGAGGGAAGGAGCAAUAGGAAGACUAUAGAGAGUUUAAGAAUAACGUAAGUUGGUACAAAUAAACUUAAUUGGAUGCAAAUAAAACUAGAGAAUUUAAACUUUUUAGCGCAUGAAUGAAUUCAGUAUGAACUAAAAGCUCCAUGAAUUUUUAUGUGGGGUAUUCUCGAUGCUUAGAUGUUUUACAUGUAAAGCUGACCUUUUUUUAACAUCUCCAUCCCUAUUUUUGUACUAAUUUAAUGCAUACUGUAAGCAGAGUUCUGCCAGCGCCUUGAUCAAAGAACUAGCAGCUGCUUUGUUUAGCAUUCUUUUUUUACCUUCAGGAAUUUUAAAUUGCUAUUAUUAUGGUAAAUUUUCUCAAAUAUGAGUUCAUUCUGGGUUUUUUCUUCCCCAUAUAUGUACUUAAAAAAGAAAUGUCAUGAUAUUUAUAUGAAUCAAUGUUUCCUGAUGGCUAAAAUCAACAGGAGUAUUAAACAAGUUUAAAAUGAUAACAGAUUUUUAUGUAGAUCUUGGGAUACCGUCAACAGCUUUUUAAUUAUUUCUCAAACUAAAGGGUGUCUUCAAAUGUAGGAAAACCAAACUCGGAGAGUGAAAUGUUACGUUUGUUCGGGUUCCAAUAUUUCUCUAACAGCGGAUCAAGUCACAUUUGUUGUGCAGUGAUAAAGAAACCUGGGUCUAUAUGUUACAUUCGUUGUAGGUUCUGUUGCAUACGUUAAGUUAUUCAACUAACAGUGUCAGUGUUAUGUUUGUAAAGUUCUAAGGAAAUCAACAAUCUCACUGGCUAUUUAAUAAUGAAAAGGAGUUUUCCUCAAGAGGGUGCAUUUCUCUUAGCUUUCCCUUUUUCCUUAUUGCUCUUAUGGUACUGUCAUUAUGUUGUAGAUCUUUAAUAUAGACGGACCCCAGGGCUCCUUCCUCAAGAAGAGAGUUAUGGAAAAUCAACUUAAUUAUUCAGAUCAGUAGUUUACUUUGGCUCAAGCUACAGCAGUAAACAUGUAGCUUAGCGUAAGAUCACUGAAAAUGGAGAGAAGCACCUAGACUGACUUUAGAAAUGUGUCGCCAUUUGCCUUCUGAAGACAGAAACUACAUUUAACAGUCAGCAGUUGCUGAAAUGCAGCAGAAAACACUUAUUUUACACCAAAAAAACCUACCAGUAUAAUAAGCCAGUAUACGAAAUAUAACCGCGCAAGAAUUUGGCCUAGUUAGCUGCAGGAAUGCUAGCUUUUGAUUUUAUUUAUUCGUACAAAUUGAAUUGACAACUUUGGGAUGAAUCUGAAGGAGCUAUGUGAUUGAAAGGGUUUAACACGUAAACGUUAGAGCUGUAGCUUCUUAGCUAGCUUUCCCGUUUGUUGGCUUAGCUUCAAUACGAGAUUGAAGACUCCGCUGGUUAUUCCUGUCAAAAUGUUUUACAUUUACUAUUCAAUUUUAGAUAAUGGACAAAUUGAAAAUACUCUAACAUGGAUGGCAUUUAUCAAACUUUUUUUUAACUAGUGGUAAAUUGAUGGCUCCUAUAGAAAGCAGUUUUUAUUAGCUGUACCUUUUUUAGACCUUCUGCCAAGACAAUUCUAUAAAAUAAAUUCACAGCGCAAGUACAUUCACAUUUACAUAUAUAUAUAUAUAUAUAAUCUCCAAAGUAUUUCUCCAACUCUGACAUUUGGUUUUCUGUUCAGCCAACAUUUUUCUUUCUAAUUCAUGAUAAACUUCCCCCAAAAGCUAUCAAUGUUCGCACCGAGAGGCGAGUCAAGAAAUUUCAGAAACUGUCAUUUCCUCUCUAAAACAUAACUUAUAUUUCAGAGGGAUUAAUACUUGUGUAAAAUGUUUUAAUAUGAAUCUUUCUAAGCAAAUACAUUACGUUGUCAUUAUUUUUAAGAAAUAUGGCACAGAUGCAAUAAAUAUCCAAGGGGUCAAAACUGACUUUUUUUCACAGUUUUAAGAGACAAUUUUUUGUUGUUGUAGCGCUGAAGAAAUCUUAAUGCUGGGAUUCAAGCAUUAAUGAAUAAAAGAUUUAAUAUGCAACUAAAA